CUGAAUUAGAUUGGAUCCGCUCACUCUCUCUCCCUCCACUUUUUCUUUUCUCAUCCCCCAACCUUUUUCCAUCCUCUUCCCUUCCACUCCCAUUUAUUCCCAUUUCAAUAACAUAAAUCAUCUCAAGCAAUUGCCUUGGAUCUUCAUCUUCUCUUCUUUUUUUCUACCCUUCAUUUUAAUUUUUUUUUUCAAGACUUGUGAAUCCCAAAUGCAAACUAAUCUUUUUACAUAUUCUUCUCUCCAUUAACUCUCUCGCUCUCUUGCUCUCUUGUUUUUGGGUACAACUCAAAAAAUGUCUGCAUCAAUAGAGCCACAGCAACCACCACCACCACCACCGAUUGAAGUGAUCGAACAAGCUUACACAGCUCACUCGGGUCACGGGUCAAUCGGACCCGUAAUCGCAGUUCUCGCAGUGAUCACAAUCUUGGGUGCGAUUGCUGUCGUGAUCGGUAGGUUAUGUUCGGGUCGACGAAUUAUGGGUCACGGGCAGUACGACUUCGAAGGUUGGGUUGAGGCCAAAUGCGGGUCCUGUAUUAACGGCCGGGUCGACCCACCCCCUCCUCACCCGCCCCCGCCCCCGCCCCCGAGAAGCAGUAGUGGGGCGGUGGGCUGCGGCGAUGCCGUGGCGGCGGUGGUUUCUGCGGAGGCGCCACGAGAGGCGAAGGAUGAAGGAGUGACCCGACAACACAACCCGAGUGAGAGUGCUGGAUCUUGAAAUUGGCUGGGUCAUGACUUUCUUGAAAUUGGUUAUUUGGUAAUUUUGAUUUGAUAUCAUGUCCAUUUUUGUUAAUUUAUUAGAGCAUCUACAACGUUUCAUUUCUUUUUUCAUUAAAUCUGAAUAAAAAAUAAUUGAUUUUCUCAA